CGAUAUCGUAAGUUGCGAAAGUUUAUUGAAACGCAAAAUGGCAAGUUACGAUAAUCGCAACUGGUUUACGAGUCGUAACAUACUUACGAGAGCUGACCUGGGAGAAUAUCUUGUGCGAAAUAUCUGUGAGAGCUGCAAUGUGGUUUUUGGGAAAUAUUUCUGUGAGAAGUGUCGGCUGUACGAUGAUGAGGACAAGGGUCAAUUCCACUGUGACGAAUGUGGACUGUGCAGGAUUGGAGGACGGUCCAAUUUCUUCCACUGUGAAAAGUGUUGCACAUGCUUGUCAAACCAUCUAAAAGGGAAACACAGGUGCAUUGAGGAGAUCUCCCGCCGUAAUUGUGCAGUGUGUCUAGAAGACCUGCACACAUCCAGAAGUAAUGCCCACAUCCCACCUUGUGGUCACUUGAUACACAGUACUUGUAUGGAGCAAUGUGCACAGACUGGCAACUAUUACUGCCCCACAUGUGCUGAGAGCCUGUUUGACAUGAAGCAGGCGUGGAAGAUACUGGACCAGGAGGUGGCCAAUACCCCCAUGCCUGAUGAGUACAAGGACUACCAUGUGGCAAUACUCUGCAGGGACUGUCAUCAGAAGAAUAAGGUUCUGUUUCACGUGAUAGGAUUGAAAUGCCCGAAAUGUGGCUCCUACAACACAUGUCGCUCAGGUGAACGAUACGAGACUAACAAUGUCACACCACAGAUACAGCGUCAGAUGUCAGAUGUAGUCUAGGAACAGUGGUCAGAAGAAGCACAAGGUCAAGGGUCAGAUGGGGCUCAUGGUCAAGGCUCAGAUGGGGUCUAGGAUCAGGGAAGGCAGGAAUUGGAGUUGCUGAGGUCGUUGGUUGAUUCCUAAGCAGGGGCUGUCUCAACAUCAUCAUGUUAUAAGUGCUAAUGACAGUCAGGCAGGGGUCAGCUCAAGGUCAUCAGUGAUAGAGAUUGGGCAAGAUGAAGUGUUGGGUAGAAGAAGAUAUAACAGGUCAACUGAAGAGGGUGUGGAAGUUUCAUGGAAUGGUGACGGAGAUUCAUGAACCCAGUCUAAUCAAUGUGUUUGACAUUGUAGUGUUCAAACCUUUACAUGGUCUUAUAUUUCAAGGCCCCUAAAAGGUGACGAUCCGUAAUUAUAACUGAUUUUUUAAUACUUUUUGCAUAUUUUAUUUAUAAAAUUUAUAAAAAAAUAAAAUAUAUAUGCUAUUGGAAAUUACCAUAACAAAAUUGUCGGUGAAAUGGGGCUCUGUUUGAAUGUUCAUGCUUUUCGCACAAG